UCACAAGAGCCUUCUCUCCCUCUCCCUCUCAGCUUGCUUCUUCUCCUCUCGCUUUCGCUCUUCCUUCUUCCCCGCACGCGACGCGGCACGAGGGGGGGACGACCGUGGUGGGUGGCCCGAGCCGAGCGAGCGACGACCGCGCCUGCGGGGGGACGGGGCGGUGGUGGGCCGCCGCGGGUAGCUGCGUGGUGCGCCGAUCCAUGGACGAGGCCCCGGCCCGGAUGGCCGACGACGGGCCGGCGGAGCAGCAGGCGGCGAUGGGGAUGGAUGACUCGCAGUUCCUCGGAUCGAUGAUGGGGGAAACCGUCCUCGCCCAGCCCGCGCUCGCUCCGCCUCUGCCUCCGGCGCCAGACUUCCACCACCAGCAGCCGGUGAAACGGGAGGUGAAGGUGGAGCUAGAGCAGGAGGCGAUGGUCGGGGUCAAGCGGAGGAGGGGGCGGCCGCCCAAGACCAGUGCCGGCGGGACUGCGCCAGCGCAGGCGGCGGCCGUACUCGUCCCCGCUUCCGUUUCCGCUGCCGCGACGGCGAGGAAGGCCGCGGCCAAGGCGGCCAGGAAGAGGGCGGAGGACGAGGAGGAGGUCGUGUGCUUCAUCUGCUUCGACGGCGGCGACCUCGUCGUCUGCGAUCGGAGGGGGUGCCCCAAGGUGUACCAUCCGGCGUGCAUCAAGCGUGACGAGGCCUUCUUCCAGUCCCGCAGCAAGUGGAAUUGCGGUUGGCACAUAUGCAGCAGCUGUGAAAAGCCAGUGCACUAUAUGUGCUAUACAUGUACAUUCUCCGUCUGCAAAAUAUGCAUUAAACAAGGUAAAUUCUUUGGUGUCAGGGGGACCAAGGGCUUCUGCGACACAUGCUUUGGGACUAUAUUUUUGAUAGAAUCAAAAGAUGACGAUGAUACUAAGGUUAGGGUUGAUUUUGAUGAUCCAAACAGUUGGGAAUACCUGUUCAAGCUUUAUUGGUUAGAUCUAAAAGGAAAGCUUUCAUUAACAAUGGAAGAACUAACUGGUGCCAAGAGCCGAUGGAAUGCUCCUAUUACUUAUGCUAGGAAAGAAAAGGAUGAAUCAUCUGAUGAUCUAUAUGAUGCCAAUGAUGAUGAUGGUGGUGGUUCAAGAAAACGAAGAUGUGCUAAUUCUUCAAGGGGUCGAAAACGUCGAAAAGCACAUUCCAAUCGUACAAUUGCUGUAGAAAAUGUUGAAAUUUCAACUGGAGAUGCUGGAAGCCUACCCAAGAAAGAACCAAGCGAAGGGGUGCUCUUGCCGCCAGAUACUAAAUGGGCUUCACCAGAGCUACUGGAGUUUGUUGGACACAUGAGGGAUGGUGACCAAUCUUUUAUUUCCCAGUUUGACGUGCAAGCUCUUCUGCUUGACUAUAUAAAAAAGAAUGACCUCCGCGAUCCCCGGAGGAAAAGCCAAAUUAUCUGUGAUUCAAGACUUCACUGCUUGUUCAGAAAAACACAUGUUGCUCAUUUUGAGAUGUUGAGGCUUUUGGAAAUGCACUUUCUUGUAAGUGAUGCUUCAACAGUAAAUAAUGGCAGUCAUGUGGAUAUCAAGCCUAAUUCGGCCCGGAUAGAUGCCAGUGGAUAUUGUGAAAUGACAGAAAAGUUGUCCCCUCAUAGAAAGAAGAGGAUGCAUGGAAAGAUGGAAAGAGAACCACUGGCCAAUCUCAACGAUUACGCAGCAGUUGAUAUGCACAAUAUGAAUUUAAUCUACUUGCGCCGUAGCUUGAUGGAGGAUCUUAUUGAUGAUUCCGCAUUCCCGGCCAAAAUAUCUGGUGGUUUUGUGAGGAUAAAAAUUUCUGGUCUUGGACAGAAGCAAGAUAUGUAUCGUCUAGUGAAAGUUAUUGGAACACAUAAAGUUUCAGAAAAAUACAGCACUGGGAAGAAGACGACAAAUUUUGCACUUGAGAUAUUAAAUCUAAACAAAAAAGAGAUUAUCACGAUGGAUACAAUAUCAAAUCAGGACUUCACAGAGGAGGAAUGCAAACGCUUAAGGCAGUGCAUGAAGUGUGGUUUAAUCAGCCGACUAAAAGUGGGUGAUGUUCAAGAGAAAGCGGUGAUCUUCCAAUCUGUAAGAGUGAAUGAUUGGUUGGACAAUGAAAAGCAGAGGCUGGGCUAUCUUCGAGACCGUGCAAGUGAAACAGGACGCAGAAAGGAUCUUAGAGAGUGUGUGGAAAAGCUACAGCUUCUCAACUCUUCUCAAGAAAGAGCGCGCAGAAUAAAUGAAGUUCUAGAAGUGCAUGUUGACCCCCAUAUGGAUCCUGAUUAUGAAUCUACUGAAGAAAUGGAUUAUCAAAAAGCUGUUGUACGAAUUGUAAAUGGGAAAAAAUCAGACGGGUUCUUCUCACCAGUUAACCAGCAAAAUCAUGCAGAGAGAAUAUCUGAUGCUAUCCGCCAUCCCAGAAACCUGUCUAAACAAAGUACAAUACGCAAAGUGGCAGCAGGAAGGAACUCUAGGAAAUUCCAUUCAGCAGUUGGUACGGAUAUUCCAAAAUCUGGCACCUGCAUAAACACCAAGAUUUCUGAAGCUGCAUCACCUUCCGGAGUAACACUAUCAAGCGACAUGGAGCCAGAGAAAGUCUGGCAGUACAAGGAUCCUUUGGGAAACGUUCAGGGCCCAUUUACUCUUUUGCAGCUAUCCAAAUGGACAACUUAUUUCCCACAUGAUCUAAGAGUAUGGCUGAUUUUUGAGAGUGAAGAGAGGUCAUUGUUGUUGACAGAGGUGCUCUCAAAACAACCAAAAGAUUUUGGUCAGGCUGCAACAGUUCCAAGUAGUAAAACAACUUUGGCAGGCUCUGGACAAAACAGAAAACGCCCAAACGUUGAUAUGAACAGUGCUCUAUCCCCACUUGGUUACAGUACGCUUAAUUCUUCUGAAAUGAUGGUUAAGCCUGCUAAGUGUACUGUUCCAGAAAGGGGGAGUGUAAAUUCUUUAGAUGACAGGUUUUCAGUGUCAGGAAGCUCAGUUCCACCAAAGGAUGCUUGCGCUACAACUAGUAGAGUACAGUACCAGACAAAGAAUUCAUGCUUCGGUCCGUCUCCUGGGAGUCCGUACGAACAGUCAAAUUCGCAUCAUGAUGGCGUACAGGGAAGGUGCUCUGGUGAAUGGAACAAUGGCCACAACAGAGAUGGUCUGUGGAGUCCAACCAUGACGCAGACCAGCUGUAGUGGACAGGGUAAUGUAGAAUCUCAUGACAAUCAGCAUGAUUCUAAAAGUAGUUUAAAAGCAGGUUCUGCAAAGGAUCUGAGGCAGGAUUAUUCGCACACGGUGCCUACUCAACUAACCAGGAGAGAUGUCCCCAGUCCGGUGCUUGCUUCAAGUCCAUCCGAGUCCAGAACUGCUUCAAGUCAAUAUGAAAGCUCUUGCUUCAGUUCAACAACCAAUCCAAGUGUUCAUGAUGAACUUCAUUCUUAUAUUACUUCUGAAAAGGCUAGUAACUGUGCUCCUGUAACUUUUGUUGAAGAUAGAGGAUCCAGUUCACCGUCCGGCAUGCUAAGCCACUCAGAAAGAGUUCCAAUCUGUGGCACACAGUCAGUUCCUUCCAUGUCUAUUUCUGAAAUGUGCAAGGUGGGCGAGUCCAAGCAUAUGCAAAAAACACUUGAAGCUGAUGUAUCAAAUGCAUCAGUUAAUCAGUCUCCGCAGUCCAAGAUAUUCCUUGAUUCUUCCCCUGAUAACCAAGAUACUGAACGUGAAUGCCCUAGUCCUACUCUGAGAUCUGAGAGUAAGGAGCCUGCCAUGGAUCACUCGGGGCCAACACCAGUGGCACCUGAAACUUUAGAUAUUAAUAAGAUACCUGACUACUCUCCAGUUGCAAAUAUUCCCGUGAAAUCUGAACCUCCAGCAACAGAAGUAGGUCCCACUGAACAUGAAUACCCUAGUCCAACUACGAGAUCUGAGAGCAAGGAGCUUGCCGUGGACCACCCAGGGUCAACAUCAGUAGCACCGGAAACUUUAGAUAUUCAGCGACCUGACUACUCUCCAGUUGUUAAUAUUUCCCUGAAAGCUGAUCCUCCAGCUACGGAAGUAGGAACCAGGGAAAUAGGUGCCACAGGAUCAAUACCUAACCCGGAGAAAACAGAUUUAUGUGGUGAAGAUUCUAAUAUUCAAAAAGAAUUUUGCAGGGAGUCUACUCUUGUCGCAAGUGAGAAAAUGGUGGUUGGUCCUGCCUCUCGCGCCGAGCUGAUAGAUGUGUGUGAUGUUUCGGGAUCAGUGUCUAACCUUGAGAAAACAGAUUUAAGAGGUAAAGAUUCAAAUAUUCAAAAAGAAUUGUACAGCGAGUCUAUUCUUGUCAGAAGUGACAAAAUGAUGGUUAAACCUGCCUCUGGUGUUGAGUCCAUAGAUGUGGCCAAUGUCUUGGAAUCAGUAUCCAACCUUGAGAAAAGAGAUUUAAGUGGUGAGGAUUCAAAUGUUCAAAAAGAAUUAGUCAGUGAGUCUACUCUGGUCAUGUGUGAGAAAAUGGUGGCUGAACCUGCCACUUGUGCUGAGCCGAUAGAUGUGUCUGGUGUCUUGAAACCGGUAUUUAGCUUAGAGAAAACAGAUUUAAAACAUGAAGAUUCAAAUAUUCAGAAGGAAUUGCACACCGAGCCUAUUAUUGGUACAAGAGAGAACAUAGUGGUUGAUCCUGCCUCCUGUGCUGAGUCAAUACAUGUGACUGAUGUCUUGGAAUCAGCACCUACCCUAGAGAAAACAGAUCUAGAAGGUGAAGAUUCAAAUAUUCAGAAGGAAUUGCAGGCCGAGUCUAUUAUUGUCACAAGAGAGAAAAUGGUGGUUGAUCCUGCCUCCGGUGCUGAGUCAAUACAUGCGCCUGAUGUCUUGGAAUCAGUAUCUAACCUAGAGAAAACAGAUUUAAAAGGUGAAGAUUCAAAUAUUCAAAAAGAAAUGUUCUGUGAGCCUACUCUUGACACAAGCGAGAAAAUGAUAAUUGAUCCUGCCUCUUGUGCUGAGUCGAUAGAUGUGUCUGACGUCUUGGAAUCAGUAUUUAACCUAGAGAGAACAAAUUUAAAAGGGGAAGGUUCAUGUAUUCAGAAGGAAUUGCACCCCAAGUCUAUUUUUCUCACAAGAGAGAACAUGGUGGUUGAUCCUGCUUCCUGUCCUGAGUCGAUACCUGUAUCUGAUGUCUUGGAAUCAGUAUCUAAGGAAACCGAUUUAAAAGGUGAUUAUUCAAAUAUUCAAAGAGACUUGCAUGAAGUAUCUACUCUUGUCACAAGAGAGAACAUGGUGGUUGAUCUGGCCUCUUGUGCUCGGUCAAUAGAUGUGCCUGAUGUCUCGGGCUCUUUAGUACCACAAAGUUGUGGAACUACGUACAUGGAUGCAAUAGCAGCAAUCGAAGAUUUCAUGACCACUUCACCUGAGGAAGAACCACAAUGCUCUAGCCCCAUUGCAUUAUCCCCUUGGGGUGAACCUGGUUACUAUCAAGGCGAUGCUGUUGAUUCUACGCUAUGGGAUGUCCAAGAUUAUCCAAUGAAUGAUGUGUGGUCAUUGCUGCCACCAACGCCUACUCUACAACAUUUAUCUGGCGAAAAAACCGAUGGGAGUGUUGCUCAUGUUACCGAAAGGGUAACUGUUAUCCAAGGAGAUAAUGAACUUUUUCAAAGAGGUCCAACACCAGGGGAGGAAAAUGUAGAGCUAGCAAAUGCAGGUGCUUCCACAGCUUGGGGAUUGAAUGAGCAGGUGAGACCAAAAUCUACUGCUGUGUCAGUGCCAUCAAUAGAUGGGAGCACAGGAGUAUUUGGUUGGAAACCAUCAGCCAUUGACAGUGAGAGCUCAAACACUCCCAUCGCAUGGACCACUAGCCAGAAUCUAAACUCGUCCUCUAGUUAUGCAACAGCAGCAGCCUCUGUUAAAACCUCUCAGGAACCAUCAAGGAAGAAGGAAUGCCCUGAUCUGAAUGUUGCUAAUUUGGAAGAGGCACUUGGGAACACCAAGAGCUUGAAACCGUCUACUGGUAAUGCUAAUCGGGGCAGCCAGCGGAAUCACCACCGUGACAGGUAUUCCGAGAUAAGUGAAUCUUGGCUCCUUAGCUCAAAUUACUCUAGGAGUAGGUCUGCUGGAUUUAGAGGCGGCGCAGCAUCACGAACAUCCCCGAGGGGGCAAACUCAGAGAGGGAUAUGUAAAUUUCAUCAGAGUGGGUACUGCAGGAAGGGUUCAUCUUGUAGUUACCUACACCCUUCACUCCAACAGUAGCAAAGAGGUUUUGAAAAUUCUUUACUCAUAUUCUGUCCACUUUUGUAUAGUCUAAUCACGACCGUAGUCAACCUAGGGCUUACACGAUCUUCUUGGCUCUAUCAACUGUAGUAAGGAGUGCCGAGUAUUGUUAUGUGUCAUAGGAGCAUGAUGACUGAUGCCCUGCCCAGGAAAUAGAUUCCUCUGUUGGGGCAUGGCCUAUUGUCUAUCCACUAUGCACUGUUCAAUUGAUCUGCAUUUGUACACCAAUUUUUUUUGUCUUGCCGCUGAUUCGCCUGAUGAUGUAUUGGAAAUUGUGAUGUCUAACCGAUUGGCUUAGUUUCGUGAUA